GCUACAGAACAUUUAAUUUAUGACAUUUAGGUGAAAAAGGUCAAAUAUUCGACCAUAAAACGAACGCAAACAUGGCCACAAUGGGCCACACUGAGAAGGAGCAGAUCCGAGAGGAUAUUGAGCUCCUUCAAAUGACCCUACAAGGGACAGAGGAUGAGUUUAGUCUAAAUGGAGAUGAAACUGGGCUGAUCAUGGAUGUUGAGGAGGGAUCCAUCCCAGGAUCCAGCAUUGCGCAGCGCAGCACUGUCAUUGGAACAGAGACUCCUAUCACAAUAUUCUCGGAAGAUGAUACUGAAAGUCAGUGCUCCCAGGAACGGUCAGUCUCUAUGGCAUCAACAUCGCAAGAUGAGGUGCAAUAUGUUGGUCCACCAAUCAGUGAGGAUAGCCUGGCAUACGACCCUGAAACCUGCCUAGCACUGAACCGAGCAUACCAAGAACUGGUUCAAAAUAACCUGCAAAAGAUUGAAGCAGUGCUUGCAGAGAAUCGAGCAAGACAGGUUGCCAUUCAUGAGAACAUGGACAUAGCAAACAGAAAUGCCAAAGAACAAAAGACUGAAAAGAAGAAAAUUCAAUUGUAUGUUUACCAGAUGCCUUAUUUCAAAGAUAUGAACGGAGCUUGCCCACCCCCAAACUUGGACGUCCAGAUGAAACGAGCUAUUGAAGAACCAAUGCCUCCUAAUAAGAGGCUUAAGACAUUUAACAAAAAUGAAAGAAAGAAGUUAAUCGAAUCAGUGCAAGCUGACAAUCUCCAAAGAUGGUUGCGACCUUUGAUGACUAGGUUAGAGCUCCAACAAGAAAGGCUCAUGCGCACCACCGAUCCCGAUGAGGAAGCAGCAUUGAAACAACAGAUUCAAACCACAGAGAGAGGGAUUGAGAGAGUCAACUCACUGUCUCCAAUGGAAAUGGCUGGUACUAUUGAGGACGCUGAUAAAGUUGACUGGAUGAAAAUAGCAGCAGCUGAUUUCGACGGGCGCACCACCAGCCAUCUGCAGCAGUCGUGGAAGAACUCACUACAUCCUGCGAUCAAUUGGAACAAUUGGACAGAGACAGAGGACAAGAAUUUGGCAGAAAUUGUCGAGGUUAAGAAUGCAGUUAAUUGGGAAGAAAUUGCCGGAGCUUUGGGUACUGGUAGGACAGCCUUCCAAUGCAUCCAGCGAUAUCAACAAAGACUUAACCCGAACCACUGCAACCAUGAAAGAUGGUCUCCUGAAGAAAACGAACAGCUGCUGGAAUUGGUGAAAAUUACAGAAAAAUUGGAAGGAUCUGUGACAAAUUGGGCUCAAAUUGCUUUGGCCUUUGAUGGGCGAAUGGAAAGACAGUGCCUUACACAAUACAAUAAGAUAAAUCCUGAUCAGACAAUUGGCCGUUGGACGGAGGAGGAGGAUAGCAAACUUCUUGCAGGUAUCCGAACAUUAGGUCCAAAGAGAUGGUACGAAAUUGCCAAGCUGGUGCCAGGACGCAAUGGUGUUCAGUGUCGGGAGAGAUGGUGUAAUUCUCUUUCCAUUAAUCUCAAGCUCGGAGAAUGGACCUAUCAAGAGGAUAGAGCGAUUAUCUUGAAUCAUCAGAAGCACAACGGUCAGUGGUCGAAGAUUGCGCAGUGUUUACCCGGACGUACUGACAACCAGGUGAUGGUAAGGUACCUGAAGAUGCAAAAGUGGGCAGAUUUGGCACAGAGAGAAAACACACUGUUUCAGAAAACUGGGAUUAAUACUGAGGUACCAGUAGGGGUGAAGGAAAAGAGGAAACUAGUCAAAAUCCCUCCUGUGCCUACAUGUAAGGUUUUAAAGCAGGCGGCGGGUUAUAGCUUGGUACAGAUGGCACACCGGAUAGCUGAUGAACAGACAGAGGACCCGGCUGAUUUGGAAUUGAUUCGACAGGACAGAGCUAACAAUCUUUUCAUCCCACGACCGCCCGAUGCUGCCAUCAGGUUCAAGAUACUCUACCGCAUCCUCGAUCGCCGCCGUAAGGUCUACGAUACUCUCAGUCAUCUCUUCCAGACUCCGAACAAAAAGAAGCAGAAACAUGAUGACCAGGAGAUUGAUACGUGCACAUUGAAGACUUACAUUGAAAAGCGCAAAGAUGUCUUGUGCCCAGCCCUCAUCAGCCAAUUGAAAGAGUUCAUCGUUCAGGGGAGACCUCUAAAACUCCGUGAAAUAUUGGCAUUGUCCAAAAAAUUGAAAACUGCCACACGAUCCAAGUCGUUAGGGAAUCAAAAAGUUGAGAAGGAGAUGAUCAAGAUUAUACACUUGCAGAUACCGACUAUUGUAAGGAAGGGACGCCCAAAGAAAAUAUGGGUUGAGGGUGCCGAAACCUCACCUGAGGAGGAGGAGCAGACAAGAAAAAAAGUUUCCAUCUUACUCCUAAAAGCAUUUUGCCUCGACCCCAAGCAGCUGCUCCGACGAGCUGCCUUUAACCGCCCAGGAGCUGUCAAUGGUGAACUGCUGGAAUUGCUGAGGAAAUGUCGGCCACCUCCACCACCAGGGGCAGCGCAGGUUGUGGAGAUCGACUCGGAGGUGGUGGAUGGCGCAACUGCCAGAACGACGGAGUUGGAAAGAAGAGAUAGUGAUGCCAAUUUGUCUGUAGCUACAGAUGAGCCAGGAAGUGGUUCUAAUGAUGGUGCUUGUGGCUUUGGGGAAGUUGGUGACCAGGGCAUAGAGUCUCAUUCUAGCACUGCAAUGGAUGGAACGUCCCAAGAUGCUCAGGUUAGCCAGGUGGUGGAGCCUCUAGCUAGUGCAACAACAAAUGGUGCAUCUCCAGAGGCUGAAAUCAACAGCGGGGGAGCAGAAACUCAAGUGAUGGCUAAAGGCAAUGUUAAGAGUGUUACCUGUCUUUCAAAGUCUAAAUCGCUAUCAAGAUCAAACUCUGCAGAUGGUGGGAAGUCAGUUGGCGAAGAAGCAGGGUCAUCAAAAGACGAAGAAAAUAGAAGUUCCAGGCCCACAAGGUCUAAAACAAGAGCAAGAUCAAAAUCUGGUACGAAGGACCCUGCAGAUGUCAGUAAAUUGGAUGCAAAAGAUGAUGAGCCAGUUGAAGAUGAUAAAAAACGAAAUCCUAGGCAGACAAGGUCUCAAUUGCGAUCACAGUCAAGUUCUAGUACAAAAGAGCCUGCAGAAAGCGAGAAUUUGGUUGCAGAAGAUAGCAGUUCCUCUAAACGGAAAGGGAAAAACGAUUCCAGUCGGACAAGAUCCAAGUCCAGAUCACGCUCAAGUUCUGGUACAAAGGAGACUGAAGACAAGAAAUCAAAUGGAGAAGAUUCGGGAUCAUCUAGAAACAAUGUUAGAAGAGGUUCACAGCAAACCAGGUCAAAGUCACGAUCGAGAUCAAACUCUGGUGCCAUUCCAGUUGUUGAAAAUACAGAAGAAGAUUCGACUGAAUGCCAAAUGUCUGGGCAGACUACAGGAGAUGAUGUAUCCACCGAGAAGGCACCUGGAGGGGAAAGUGGCAAGAACAAAACAGUUCCGAUUGUUGGUAAGGAUGGCAACAUCAUAGGAUAUAUUGUCGCCAAUGAUGUGGAUGCACAAAAAAAGAGUCGGACUGUUAAAACCGGGAAAGGGUCAAGAAGUUCAAGUCAGACACGGCCAAGUUCCACGUCGGAGUCAGUUUUGCGAAAGGAAACAGUUCCAGAUGCAGUGACUGAAAGAGUACAAAGAUAUCCUGGUUUUGUUACAAAAAAGGUUGUAUCAAGGUCGGAUGCACAGAUGGAAAUCAUUCCAGACAAAGAUGCCGUGAGUGGAGGAUCAAAUCAGAAAUAUGCAGGUUUCGUUCCAAAUCGAAGUUUUGUUGCAAAUAAAGUUGUUGCUCCAUCCUUCAGUAAAUUAAUCUCAAAGGAGUUGAAUAUUCCUCGGCCAAUUUUAGCAGAUGAGACAUUAGAGACAAAAUAUCCAGAAGUUCUUCGACGUAUUCGUUCCCCACCUGUGAAGCAACCCUAUUUGUUUGUGAAAAAUGAGCCGCCAUUAAAAGGAAACCCGGAGCUGUAUAAUAUUCCACCAUUGCCUCCAACAGCAACGACCCUUUUUGCUUUCCGCAGUUUGUUGUUGAAUAGACGAAAUUUGCUGCAAACGACCACAAAAUUUAUACGCUCCGUAAAUACCAAGGCACGGUAUAAGAAAGAAAAAAGUGCUAAAAGGCUAGGUCAAACAAGAAGUGAAAGUCAGAUUGAAGGUGGAGGGGGGUUGGUCCCAUCUGGGGACAGAUUGGUUGUAGGGUACAAACAAGGUGUGGAAGAUCAACGAGGCAUCAUUGGAGGACACAGCAAAGCUCUAUAUCAGAUCGGGCCAGCAGGAGAUACUGCAUACAAUGGUCCGAUAAUGAAUUCUGUUUCCGAAGUUAAACAAGGAAAGUCUGCUUUAAAAGAAUCAGAAGCAAUGCAAGUUAGUUCAACUGAGGAUGUCAUUAUACAAGACAAGCCAGCUAUGUGUAACUUUGCCACACAAGAGGACUUGGCUCUCAAUAACAGUUUGCAGACUAAGAUUACCUUGGAGUUUGGCAAGGGUGUGUCGAAUGUUGGCACUGGGUUAGAUGCAUCUGGCGUGAAGGCUUGUUCGGUUGUGAGCAUGAGCACUGCAGAGCAGGACAUGGUCGUAUUUGAAGCUGGUGAGAUGCGUAACAUGGAGAAAGGUAGAGUUGAAAGCAAUGAUAAUCAGGCAAAUAAUGACAUCACUGAUGGGGACAAUUGUAAUACUGUAGUAGACAAUCCGGAAAUUAGCAAAGAUUUAGGGAUUAGUGCUAGCAGUGUGUCUCCAGUUGUGGCUGUUAGUGAUGCAGGUAGACCAAGCAUUGCCGUUGGGGACAAUGUAGAAAAUGGUGCUGUCAUAUCAACGAUUGCAACUGGAAGUGAUGUUACAACUGAGGCCACCGUCCAAGAAUCCUGGGCAGGCCAGGACAAGGAAAUAUUGGUAUUGGUAGAAAACACUGGUUCGGAGACUAGGCAUAAGUUGGUGCCCGAUUUGACAGGCCGGCCAACAACUAAGCAAGGAAGUUCCGAGUUGGGAAGAAGAGUGAGUGAACCUCAAGCUGGUUGUAGUACUGAUGUGACUGAUGGCGGUGAAGUGAGGCAAAACACCCACAAAGUUACAGGUGAUGAUGAUGCCACCGUUAAACUAAAAGAGGUCGUCACUGGUCUGUACGGGACACAUGACUACCAGAUGCUGAGGUCUCGCUUUCUCUCUAUGUUUGUAUGGCCGGCACUGCUGUCUGCGACAGAAGUACCAGACACUGCCACACUACAAACAACGUUACCACUACCACUUACAAAAAGUCAACGUCCGUUCAAAAAAAGGGCUAUCAAAGUCACGGAGGAAGGGGUCAAAUAUAAGAAAAGAAGGUACGCAUGCACCUCUGGAAGGAGAUCACGAGCAUAUAAUUUCCAGUCGAAGGAACGAAAGGCAGAAAGGCGAGCACGCAAUGAAGAACAAGGAAAGCGAAUCACUAAUUUGUGGCGAGCCAAACAUGAUGAAAUUACGGCCAAAGUAGAGGAAGGUUGCUCAGAAUAUGCUAAUCUAAGGCAGGAGAAUGGUGAUGCAGAGGUGAAGAAUGGAGCUGCUGAGGCGCAAAAUGGUGGGGCAGAGUCGGUGAGUGAAGCAACUGAGGUGGAAAUUGGACAGGCAGAGGUUGAGAAUGCAGAAGUGGAGAUGGAAAUUGAAGGGGCAGAGGUGGAAUAUGGAGGAACAGAGGAGAAGAAUGUAGAAACUGAGGAAGAGCUUUGUGAGGCAGGGCCAGAGAAUGGACAGGCCGGGGUGGAGAAUGGCAAUGUAGAGGGAGAGAGUAGAGAUAAAACAGUGGCUAAGGGAGAUGCAGAGAAGACUUAAGUCAUUAAACUGCAAAAAUAUCUCCCUAGAACAGAAUGUAACUGUUGACCUACCCAUCACCAAAACUUCACAUCAAUAUUAUUAGCCAAACCUGGAGAGACCCAAUGAUGUGAAACAAGAGGGGGUGGAGGUCUUCCCUGUUCCUUAGGUAAGAGGCUUAGGCCAGACAUUACCCCAGUUAUAAUGGAUACACAAGCCAAAUCGUCCUUACAACAUCUGUCUUGCAUGGUAAGAGAUAUCAUGGUGAUUGUGACAUUUAUUCCUUUCAACCUAAACUGGUCUUCUGAGGACAAAGUCACAACUAGUCACUGGGAUGAUGUCAAGUUCUGUUGCGUCAGCACUUCGGGUCCUUCGAUAUAGAAAAGGUGUCUUCGAUAACUUAAAGAAUCAUGUCUUGGUGUGUUUCAUGCUUUUGUUUUCUUGUGUACAUGUAGAUGCAAUGCACUACUUUCUUACAUAAACAGAGUUUUCAAUAAAAGUUUUG